UAUCCUAUGUAAAAAAAAUUGUUACCCAGUCAGACAUUCGACGCUUGCCUGAAAGCAAGCAAGCUUGCCCCCCAGCUACACAUACAUUGCCAUGGGGUAACUGAAAAUAUAAACUGUACACGAACACGGAUCUUCUGCGGAUUUCAUCGAUCACCACAUGCAUAUGCAGAUCUUCUCCCAUGGCCUAGAGUGUGCGGUUUACCCACACAACGCUAUGCAACGUGUGUGCAGUGGUAUUGCACACACCAUGGCGGAAUGAACAGGUUGACUACCACCGACACACGGGCCACUUCGUGAGAGGGUAUAACGAAGCAGCCCAACGCCCUAAUAGAAGGGUAACUGUACCCCGCAGGCCGACAGUGAAGAGGAACGCCAUUGUAACAAUGACUCUGGACAAAGAAGCAGAAUAUCCCGUCAACUCAACCUGAUUUGACCCGUACCAACAUUUCUGAUAAAUACUGUUUCAACCGAGUAGCACUCAGGUGCCUGACAACUCUCACCCACAUCACCCCACUACAAAGGCACAGGAGUACCUAUGGAGACAGGAGCAAGGUCCAAACUGAACAUAACUGGACAAGAAAUAAAAGACAGAUGUAAAGAGGAUGAUCCUGUGCGUGCAAGCCUGGCAAUAUCAGCAAAGUUAUCUGAGUGAAGUUUCUACAAGAGAAGAAGUGCACACUGAUCUAUCUAUCCAUAUAUCUUUGAAGGGAUAUCCUGGAAUUACAUCAGGUGUUUCUUUUGGAAACCUGCGGUGGCCAUAAGGCCAGAAAGUUUCACCACAUUGGUUGGGGACAUUGAUACGUAUAGUGUAUGUGGGAUUGCCUCCUUCCUAGUGUUUCCUAAUGUUUGGAUAACACCGAAUGGAUCUGUAUUUGAAAGGAGGAGCCACACAGCCUUCAAUAACUUGGUAUGGAGAGUACAUCGAAGAACAUCGACGGAGGCUGGGCGUGGGUCAUCCUGACCUGUGGCUUCUUCUGUAUGUUUCUGAAUGGCUUCAUGUGCUAUUCUGUGGGAGUCAUCACUGAAGCAUUGCUGGAAGAAUUUGAAGGAGAUCUUGCUGUUACUGCUGCCGUUGGAACAUCUAUUAUCGGAAUCGAAAAUUUGUUAGGACCUUUCAUUGGCAUAGGCAUUAAUAUAUUCGGAUGUCGCAGUUGUACAGUAUUUGGAGGUGUCAUUGCGAUGCUUGGACUCCUAGGUGCAUCAUUUUCAAAGAAUCUAUCAUCAAUGAUGGGUACCUUUGGCAUUGUGGGUGGUAUCGGAUAUGGGUUUGGCUUUCUACCAGGGAACGUGAUGGUCGGUUUGUAUUUUAAGAAACUGCGCCCAAUAGCAGCUGGAAUAACGAUGGCAGGAGCAGGUCUCGGGAUGUUUGUUGGUCCGCCUGUCAUUCGCUACCUCAUCGACAUGUACAGCCUUCAGGGAGCCUUACUUGUCGUCGCAGGGAUUGCCCUUCAUUUCUCCAUAUUCGGAUGUCUAAUGAGACCCUUGGAAGAAAAUCACAAUAAAUCAAAAUCAACAAGCAGUCAACGUUUAGAAUCUCAGUCAUGUAUGCUUCUUUUGACAAAAAUGUGGACAAAAUCGAAGGAACGAAUGGGUGGCAGAUGUUCCUCUAGGAUAUGGAAGAACUAUGGCUUCUUGUUAUACGUCCUCAGCAUCUUUGGAUGGAAUUGUGCAGAGUCAGCAGUUUUGUUGCAUCUUCCAAACUAUUGUAUACAACAGGGUUCAUCAAAACAAGAAGCAGCUUUCUUGUUCACGAUUAUGGGCGUCACUAACGUGUUAUCCAGACUCUUUACUGGGUUCGCGGCCAAUGACGAACGUGUGAGUAGCUUGAUUCUCCACAUGGGACAAAUGGGUGUGGCGUCCCUCUUCACAUCACUCUUCCCUCUGUACUCUCACGCGUACAGUGGGCAGGUUAUGUUUGCUGCUGCGACGGGGAUGUACAUAGGGGGAGUAAAUACUCUCUUCACGCCAAUACUGUUUCUGUUGUUGGAUAAAGAGGAUCUAGCGUUAGGAUUUGGGAUGGUGUACUGCACUGCUGGAAUCGGAUACAUGACUGGUCCUCCUGUUGCAGGUGCCAUAGUUGACAGCGGAGCGACGUAUACACAAAGCUAUUUGUUUGCAUCAUCCAUGUUCCUGCUAUCAAGCGUGCUGAUCAUGCUCAUUCCAAUUGCUCAAAGUGUGGACAACAAACUGAUUUCAAAUAUGAACCAAGACAUUUCCGUGAAUAUAGAGGAAGAGGUGAAUGAGGGGUCUAGAUGGUUGCCAGAACAGGAUGGGUCUUGUGGUAGUUCGUAGAUGAAGGACAUACUGAUACCUGCUUGGAAAGACCAUCCAGUGAGAGUGAUUGAGGACAGAAACUAGAUGCUAUUGAUUUAAACGAAGCCAUAUUACCAGUUUGGCGAAGUGAUUGAGAACAGAAGUUAGAUGUUAGUGCUGAAGACGAAGCCAUAUCACCUGUUUGGCGAAGUGAUUGAGAACAGAAGUUAGAUGUUAGUGCUGAAGACGAAGCCAUAUCACCUGUUUGGCAAAGUGAUUGAGAACAGAAGCUAGAUGCUAGUGAUGAAGACGAAACCAUAUCAUCUGGUUGGCGAAGUGAUUGAGAACAGAAGCUAGAUGCUAGUGAUGAAGACGAAGCCAUAUCAAAGUGAUUGCGAACAGAAGUUAGAUAUUAGUGCUGAAUAUAAAGCCAUAUUGAUACCUGUUUGGUAAGAACAUUCAGUGAUGAUGAGAGACUGAGAACAGAGGCAAAUUGUUUGACGUUUGUUUGUUGUUUAACGCCGCACUGAGCAAUAUCCCAGCUAUAUGACGGCGGUCUGUGAAUAAUCGUUAAGGGACCAGACAACCCAGUGAUUGACAUAAUGAGCAUCGAGCUACCACUGCCAGCAACUGGCCAGCGAGCCUGACCACCUGAUCCCAUUAGUAGCCUCUUUCGACAAACAUUCACAUUGCCACAUACCUCCAGAUGGAUGCAUAAGGAUACAAAAUAAAACACAACAGUUUUUGGAA